GCUCAUCCUACGGUUAAGUGUUGGGAGUUUAAUAAACUGCUUAAUUAAGACCGUGUUUCGCCGGGGGAGCACGCGCAGUGUCACACUGGCGCGCGUCACGACACCAUGCGGACCGCGCACGGCUAUGCGCUUGCACUGCUCUGCGCCUGCGCAUCGACCGCCGCCGCCAGAAGCUUCAACAUCACCAGCCUCAUCAUACCACCUGUCGUGCCAUCCGACCAAUCAGAAGUCGAAAUAGAAUGCCGAUACGACGCCAACUUCACCCUACUCAACUGGUUUAAGGGACCCAACGAGUUCUUCAGAUACAAACCCGGUUCUGCUCCCAGUACGCGCUCCUUCCCUAUCCUCGGCAUCGGCAGGGUGGAGCUCAUCACCUGUGGGCCGGUCGCCUGCCGCCUUCGCCUCGGAGGACUCACUGAAGAAGCUUCAGGAUUGUACAGAUGUGAUAUAGAACGUGAUGUUCCCCCGUAUCAGUUCGCUAGCCAGAAGGCAUUCAUGGUUGUAGAUGGUCAUGAGCAUAGAAGACCUCUACUUGAAGGGUUAGAAAAGGAAUUCGGAGAAGGUGAUGAAAUGAAGGCGUACUGCCGUGGAGCGCCCGACUCUGAGCUCCGUUGGUAUGUGAAUGGAAGAGAAGAGGAAGAAAUGAGAGGUAGUGCUAAUUUCCGGAGAAACAGUUCCAGAUUGAUAUUUCAAGGGAUUCCGCCAACAGUGACCGUUCAAUGUGCAGAGUUUCGUUUCGGGAGACUUUCAGGAUCAAAAGAGGUGAAAGCAAAAUGGAAAGAAUUGCGAGAUUGUGAUGAAACCCCGCAGGAGCAGAGAAACUUCUCACCACUCAGUGUUACACUAAAUUCGUUAAUUUUAAUUUGUAUGUAUCUCGUAAGUUUAAAAAAUACUUUGCUUGAUUAAAAGUAAUUAUUUAUACCUACCUACCUACCUAA